UACCCUGUCGCCACGGGAUUUUUCUAACCCCCUCUGUCGGCGGCGGAAGCCGAGCCCACACGAGGAGUACCCGAACUCCGCCGAAUGUCUCCGAGCAGAGUUCUCCGGAGCCUCAGUGCCCGCCUCCUCCUGUCCGAAAGCUCCCGAGUGUUGCCGGACGGGAGAAUCGGGCCUCGGCCGCGGUCGGACGCCCGUAGCACCGCGCGGCGGGAGGAGUGAAGAUGGCGGGAGGGUGCGGCCAAGAGGCUGCUGGGAUUGUUGCGGACCAGCGGCAAAAUGGCGGCCGUUCGGCCAGGGAGAGGCUCCUUCAAGAUCUCGUCAGUCCCUCUUCAGAUGCUGUUUCACCUCAGUGGGCUGUAUUAUGCUCUGUACUUCCUAGCUACAUUCCUGAUGAUUGCAUAUAAAAGUCAGGUUUUCAGCUAUCCUUAUAACUGUCUGGUCCUGGAUCUGGUUCUCUUGCUUCUGAUGGGGAUUCUCGAAGUAGCUCGGCUAUACUUAGGCACAAAAGGCAACCUGACGGAGGCUGAAGGGCCACUGGCUGCUAGCCUGGCAUUCACGGCAGUCAGUGGCCUCCUUUCUGUUCACUUCCUGCUCUGGCAGACCCUGGUACUGUGGAUGGACUCAGUCCUCAGCACCAUUCUCCUGGUGUUGCACGGGCUGGAGGCUGGCUUGCAGGUGGUGGUCAUUGCUGACUUCAUCAGGUAGACAGACCAGGAUAAGCCUACACAGCAGUGCUCCUCAGCCUCCAGCCAACUCCUUUGCUCCCAGACACAAAGGGUACCUUUUUUAUGGAUUGUCUAUAGAUGGAUUUAGAUGGCUCAUAAAUCUUUUUUAGUGAGGUGGGUACAGAAACCAGGGAGGGAAAACUGUUAGGAACCUAGAUGUUGAAGAUAGCCGUCAUGGAGAGAUGUCCACUCAUG